GUGCUGCUGUUUUAGUUUACAGAGUCCUCAUGUUCAGAAAAUCAAACCUAUUCACAACAAGCUGAGGCGCGGCGCUGCGUGCGCGCACACACGCCGUCUGCAGGGCAGUCACGUGACGUCACGCGUACGUGCGCGCUCACGUUCAACGCGUGGUUCUUUCACGUUGCCGCAAGUAGCGAAGCCUAGCCCGAGUUUUUAAAGCUUCCCGGCGCUCUUUUACAUGUUUUAACUGCACUCCACCACUCUGCGUCUUAGACUGAAGCCGGCUGGUCUAGGGGUGGAGUGGCGCGUCGAGCGGCGAUCGUUUGGCAGCACAUUGCGGCGGGUUUGAGGCGUUUGUGAGGAGAAAUGGCCACUGAGGUGGAGCCCGUGCUACCGAGAAGCGCGCUGCUCCAGCAGCAGGAGCAGGAGCGAUGCCAGGCCCAGACAGACGGAGGAGUCCUGGUGAAGGAGCAAAGCCUCGAACGCGCGGAAGACGAGAGCAACAGCCCGGCGAAGGAGAGCCCCGCUCCGGCGGAAGAAGACGCCUCAAAGAAGGAGUUUACCGAGGCUCCGCCGCCCAAGCUGAACCCCUGGACGAAGAAGAUGAGCGGAGUCAACGGACAGAUCACCGAGCAUUCUGGGCCCACGAAGGUGGUGAAGGCGGGAAACGCGAGAAUGAGACGCGGCGGGAAGGUGGGGGAUUUUGGAGAUGCAAACAACUGGCCGACACCUGGAGAGAUCGCUACGAAGGAAGUCCAGGUACCACAGCGUCAGAAAUCUUCAAUCUCAACCAUAAUCCCAAAUGAUUUUCUGUCUGAAUGCAUAUACGGCUUUGAUGGACUCUGGAAGUAAAGAAACUCUCCGGUA